GUGAACCAGAGUUGGCGCAAAGAACGUUUUCUGAAUGUGCCCCUGUGCAGAGAGGACUGUGAGAACUGGUGGGAGGACUGCCGCACCUCCUACACCUGCAAGAGUAACUGGCACAGGGGCUGGAACUGGACCUCAGGCUCUAACGAGUGUCCAGCUAAGGAUGUCUGUUUAACAUUUGAGUCCUACUUCCCCACUCCUGCAGCCUUGUGUGAGGGCCUGUGGGAUCACUCCUACAAGGUCAGCCAAUACAGCCGAGGGAGUGGCCGCUGCAUCCAGAUGUGGUUCGACCCAGCCCAAGGCAACCCCAAUGAGGAGGUGGCGAGGUUCUAUGCCUUGGCCAUGACUUCUAGGGCCAUGCCCCAUGGGAUUGGGCCUUUCCUGCUCAGCCUGGCUCUGAUCCUACAACUCUGGCUCCUUGACUGAGUCCAGCUCUUCCCAGCUGUCCACUCUAUCUGUCCCCAGCUUUGAGGACCAAGGACCACUGUCUGUUCAGCUCAGG